CUAGAGUCCUACGUUGCCGUGGAGGGAUCUUCAGUCCUCCCUGCUAUCUUUGGUGCAGCAGCAGCAGCGCGGCGAGGAAGGGCGCACAAGUGUUAGUCAGCCAGCAGAAAUGUCGGAAAGUGGGAGCCAGGAACCCUCUGGGGCCCCGAACGGCAGCGACAACCCGUCGAAACGACCGCCUGUCGGCAACAAAGUGACCGUGGUGCUCGGGGCUCAAUGGGGCGACGAGGGGAAAGGAAAAGUUGUGGAUCUGCUGGCACAAGACGCGGAUAUGGUGUGCAGAUGUCAGGGCGGCAACAACGCGGGACACACAGUGGUGGUCGACUCAGUGGAGUACGACUUUCACCUCCUCCCCAGCGGCAUCAUCAACCCCAAGGCCACCGCCUUCAUUGGCAAUGGUGUAGUGAUCCACCUUCCAGGCCUGUUUGAAGAGGCAGAAAAGAACGAACGCAAAGGAAAAGGUUUAAAAGACUGGGAGAAAAGGUUGAUCAUCUCGGACAGAGCGCAUAUUGUGUUUGACUUCCACCAAGCGGUUGAUGGCGUUCAGGAACAGCAGAGACAAGAGCAAGCAGGCAAGAACCUCGGGACAACAAAGAAGGGGAUUGGUCCGGUGUACUCGGCCAAGGCAGCACGUAGCGGUCUCAGGAUAUGUGACCUGUUGGCUGACUUCACCCAGUUCUCUGAAAGGUAUACGGUAUUGGCCCAGCAGUACAAGGCCAUGUACCCCACACUGGAGAUUGACAUAGAGGGAGAGCUGGUCAAAUUAAAGGACUAUGUGGAGCGGAUCAAGCCUAUGGUGAGGGACGGGGUGCACUACAUGUACGAGGCUCUUCAUGGUCCUCCUAAGAAGAUCCUAGUGGAAGGAGCGAACGCAGCGCUACUGGACAUAGAUUUUGGGACGUACCCGUUUGUGACAUCGUCCAACUGCACGGUGGGCGGGGUGUGUACGGGUCUAGGCAUGCCGCCUCAGAACGUCGGGGAGGUUUACGGGGUUGUCAAGGCGUACACCACCAGAGUGGGCAUCGGCGCUUUCCCCUCUGAGCAGAGCAACGAGAUCGGAGAGCGACUUCAGACUCGGGGGAAAGAGGUGGGCGUGACCACAGGCAGGAAGAGACGAUGUGGGUGGCUGGAUCUAGUGCUCAUCAAAUAUGCACACAUGAUUAAUGGCUUCACCGCUUUAGCACUCACCAAGCUGGACAUACUUGACGUGUUCGCUGAGAUCAAAGUGGGCGUAGCCUACAAAGUUGCCGACCAAACUAUACCUCAUUUUCCAGCCAAUCAGGAGGUGCUGCAGCGUGUGGAGGUCCAGUAUGAGACGCUGCCGGGCUGGGAAAGUGACACCUCGGCUGUGAGAAGCUUUAAAGAGCUGCCUGAGAACGCCCAGAAAUAUGUCCACUUCAUUGAGGAGCAUGUGGGAGUGCCUGUCAAGUGGAUCGGAGUUGGCAAGUCCCGGGAGUCUAUGAUCCAGCUGUUCUAGACGAAUGGUGGAGAAAACGCAAGCAAAGAGGACACGCAGCAGCUGACUCAACUGUACCCUUCUUUCCUUUCCCCCCUACACACACACAGCCUACCUACCUGUCUCAGCUCUCCAACAGAGACUCGACCGUCAUGUCUGUUCUUAAUGUUUUACCACUGUAUCAUCGGACCUAUGUCACAGACCGGACCUCUCUGGAUCACACUCCCAACAGACGGAUCGCCGUGUAUGAAUGGUUCCCAGCGUCUCCAUGUGGAUUUUUAACAGUUUUAAAUUUUAGAAUAACAACUCCACACGCCACCUCCCUCUUUAAUUUGUUCCCGUUUUAUUUAUCGUAGCCAUUCAUUUCAGACAUGCAACACACUCGGCAACACCAGCUGCCAUCAGGUCUGAAAGAGGACACGAGGGAACUGACUGAACACACAAACACACACACACUGACGCAGACACGGGAUCACUGCCUGGAUGAACUGCCCAGUCGUUUGGUUGGUCAAAUAUUUUAAGUGUAUUUUUGUUCAUCUAUGCUGUGUUUUAAAUGCGCUGUGCCAGUCCGAUGAACGUCAGUUUUAACCUCUGCACUUUAGAUGCUUUGGACUAUAUCUGCGUUAUGUUUUAGUCCCGCCAGGUUUACAGAACAUCCUGACAUGAUAAAGGGAUCCUUUAAUAUUUGUAUUUUUGGCUUCAGACAGAUGUUUGGAGUAAAGACCUCCUAUAUUGCCUUGUCAUUCAACCAAAAAAUGUGCUUUUAAAUUUCCAGUAGCUAGCGACGGCUUCAUCUGAAUGCUGUUAAUGAAAUGUUGGUGCACAUCUGGCCGUAAUGUGAGAAGGUUCAUGUUUUUCGGUCUACUUUUAGCAGGUGAGUUUUACGUGAAUCAGAACAGUAAAUCUGGUGUAAUAAAUGACAAUAACUUGUGUAGGCCAGCAUCUUUUCCCUCACAUCCUAGUGAUUGUGUAUCGUAUUAUUGCCAUUGAUUUACAGAAAAGAUUGAUAAAGUCAUCAUAAGGCAGUUGUUCAUCUCUUUUUUUGUGCAGUGUUCUACUAUUGUUAUAACACACGUCUUUAAAAACCAGGAAGAUGAGGCUUAAAUUCGUUUGUCUUGGUUUGCAUUUUGCUGUCAGAAAGAGAAACUGGUACUCUUCACUGUUUCACCAAUGAAAUGUUACCAUCCAAAUAAAAUAAUCACAGCUACUUCAGGGUUUGAUGCAACAGCUGGAAAAAUGAUGUCUGAUGUUGCAUUCAGGAAAAUCUCCCUUUACUCCGACUUGGUAUGUUCAUACGUUGUUCCAAGAUGGACUGCUAGCCUUGUAGUCGCAUCAUCUAAAUGGCCUUAAUUAGCUACUUUAACAGUGGUAUAGUAGUGGGAGUGGUUUGUUACCAAGUGAAACCAGAUGCAUAUAAACUGUAUAGCUCUUCACUGAAUUAAUUGUAUUAGUGCUAUUGGAUUUUAUGUAGAUACAUCUGCUGGUGUUGGCAAUACCGACUUGGAAUUACAACCAGGAGGCUAAUGCGUGUUUUUCUGACUCAGUUGCUGAAAAUUAAGGUCUUGAUAUUUGCAUUAUGUUAAAGAGGUACCCCAGUGAUUAAUGGUGCGUCAGAGCUGGGAAUGACGUCACACAGAUUUUAGUCGGAAAACCAAGACUGAUGCCUCUGGCCGUUGUUAGCAAAACCAGUUGACAACACAUGCGGCAUUUUGCACAUACAAACACCAGAGCAACAUGUCUACAGAUAUAAGUUGGACAGGACUGUAUUUAAUGACACACAAAUAAGACAGAAGUGCAAUAAACAGUAAAUUAAAACAUCUUUCGCUAGUGUUGAUUCCGGGGGCAGCCAUCUUGGAUUUUGAGGUCGGGGUUGGUGAGGUUCUCCCAACUUUCCGAGCCGGAAAUCCAACUGAAGGGGGCGUUCCUGACAUCGAACUCAGAAAUUCAGACUUCCUAUGUCAAAUGAAACACAGCAGUAGUAGUUUUUUUUUUUUUUUAAAUAGUCAAAACUGAUACAGCAGGGCUCAGGAUAUUCUGACUUUUAGUCCCUAGUAUGGAGUCAACCCACUAAAAUGCUGGAUCCUACAUCUUUAAUAAUGCAACUCAGUGACAUUCAUUAUGCCACAUUCACAACAUGUGGGAACAAUGGUAAAGAGGGGAAAGAUUACAGUGUUAACGGAUUGUGAGUGCUCACGUCAUCCAACUAAUCAAGAUGGUAUUGACAAUAUAACACCAUAUGCAUUAAAUUUAGGAUUAAAUAUAUCAAUGGACUUUUGCUGAUGUGAGUUGUCCAUGUUUGGUUUUGGGCAUUUCAAGUUUGGUUUUAGUCCCAGUUUCCCAGUUGUAAUUACCACUUGGAUGUUAACAUGAACAUUAUUUACAAGCAGGACAUGACAUGCGUAUUAUAACUUCAAUCUGACAUGAAUGUAGCAUUUGACCAGACUUUGGAAAUCUACCCCAGAGCCACAGAAGCCAUAAAACUGUUCACCGACUCCUGAACUUUGUGUAAAAUUGACAGAAUACUCCUUUAAUAAACCCCUAAGGGCUUGUUUAAUUAAUUGUCACAGAUAUUUCAUAGACCAAGUUUUCAUAACAAUGUGUCACAAAAGUGUAAUGUCCACUUUAAAAACAUAUUGUGGUAAGUGUGAAUGCACCAAUAGAUUCUUAAUAUAUUAUAUUUCCACAUCACUGAAUUAAGAAUUAUUUGAAUGUGUUUUUGUUUUUUAGAAAUUCGCCUUGUUUUUACAGUGGGAGCAUGAGUUACGCUUACUCAUUUUGGAGGUUGUUUUUUGUUUCAAAACACAAUUAAGUAUAAACCUGAUGACAUGAAUGGGUUUCAUUCUGGAAAUUUAGCCUUGUAUUUUAAAAGAAGGUGUGAAUCAAGUCAAUGUUUCUGGGAAGCAUUUAGUCAAUUGAUAUGUCAUUUUGGAAUAAAACCUGUCUAUUUGUCAA